AUGGUGCCGCUACCGGCCCUGCCACGAAUGUUGCUGGCUGAAGGGUUUCAGCGGAUGCUUGAGGGACAAUCACCGCAGCGGGAUCUUCGUGCGCUUUUUGAGGAGGCAGAGAUGGAAGCGCAUCGGCUGCUGCUGGACAUGGACCUUGCAUGGAGAAGGCAACAACCCGAAUCCCAUCUCUAUGCGGCUAUAAGGCAUGAUCCAUUGUCACGACUUCUCGCGUAUGAGCUCUAUGCCAUCUGUGGUUACUAUGUGCAGUUGAUGAGUAUAAGCGGUAGCCCAGAGGUGGGAGCUGCGGCUCUGUUACGCACCCUUAUUGCGAGUGACGUACGUACGGAUCAUCUUUUGCAGCAUACGACGCUGCGGUUUGAGGCCCUUCCUCGAGACGUUGUGACUGGUGAAAGACUUCACCCAUGUGAAGCACCUGUGGAGGCUUUUGUGAAGGAAUGUUUGUUGCUGGAGCGAGAUGCAUUUGGUCGGUUUCGCUUUGACCCUCGAGGAGAUAAUCGGCUCCUCAUGCAUUGUCUCAAGCUGGAUGACAUAGUUAAGACGCCCAAAUCUUUCUCUGUGGUGUUGGAUCCCCUGGUGCGACGGUACGGAAACUUCGAUCUUGACCGAGCUGUCGUGUAUCAGGGACGAUGGAUGCAGCACAGGCUGGCAUGCAGGGAGGAGGAACAUCGUGUAGAUGAGCGGCUACCCCUUCUAGAGACAGUGGGAGUCAAAAAUAGUACAGGUGAAGCUGACACUUCUGGGUUCAAUGAGGACCUCACUUUUAUUGUGCGAUACAACGAUCCGAUUUGUCGCCGGCACAAGGAGACAUCACUGGAGAAAGAGGCUGACAAGUGUCAUGUUGAAGUCUUUGAACUGGCAGUAGAGGAUACAGCCCGCACAUUCUGGGAAAAAUGGUUCUUAGAUCGUUAA